AGUUCAAAUUUUGUUCACACUUUGAAACUUUCAAAUUUAUGAUUAGAAUAUAAACGGCUCUUUCGAUGCUGUUAUCUAGGCUAUGAAUACGGAUUAUGCGAAUAUUCAGAAGAAAGCCAAAAAAUCGUUUGAAUAUAAAGACCAUUGUUGUUAAUGAUAAAACUACAAAUAACAAAAAGCCGAAGCAAUGUAACAGGGUUGUAACAGCAAAGUAUACGCUAUGGACAUUUUUACCUAAAAAUUUAUUUGAGCAAUUCAGACACAUCAGCAAUGUAUACUUCUUGGCUAUCGGUAUAAUUUCGUCAAUUCCAUCUGUCUCACCAUUUCCACUUUUUACAGCGUGGCUACCGUUGAUAUGUGUGCUGUUUUUUCAUGCACUGAAAGAAAUUGUGGAGGACGUAAGACGACAGAAUUUAGAUAAGGCUUUGAACUGUAAAAUUUAUCUAGUAUUAAGAGACAAGAAAAUUACAAAAAUUAAAAACAUGCAUAUCUCGCCUGGAGACGUCAUUAAAAUUAGGGAAAAUGAAGAAAUACCUGCCGACAUUUUGAUUUUAUACACAUCUAAUGUCAAUAACUUAGUUUACGUAGAUACCUCAAAUCUGGAUGGUGAAAGUAACCUUAAAAUAUAUAGGCCUAGUGAAGGAACUAUGGGCAUAUCAAAAAAUGAGAUCGCAAAUCUUGACUUGAAAGUUCGUGUAGGCCCUAAUACAACUGAUUUUUAUAGUUUCCAUGGAAUUUUGGUUGUAGGUGAACAGCAAUAUCCUAUUGACGAGCAAAACCUGCUUUUAAGAGGAACAAUUUUAAGAAAUACGUACAUGGUCUAUGGGGCCGUGAUAUAUACUGGCAAGAAAACAAAGAUUCAGCUAAACUCAAACAAAGUGCUAAGCAAAUUUUCAGAAAGUUCGAGAGUAAAUAAUAGGGCGGUUAUAAGUCUAUUAUGCUUCAAAGUUGUGUUGUGCAUUGGAUUUUCUGUAGCCUCUGGAAUUUUUCAUCAUCAAUAUGUAAAAAAAGCUGAUUAUCUCAAUACGCGAGACACGACAUCGUUCAUGGCUGGUUUUAAUACCUUUUGGUCUUAUUUUGCCAUUUUUUCUUCUUUUAUACCAAUAUCAUUGACAAUUACAGCAGAAUUCGCGAAAAUAGCACAAGCUUUGUUCAUUGGAUGGGACACUAAGGCUGCAUCUCCGUUUGGAAGUGGAAUAGUCGUAAAAAAUUCUAAUUUGAAUGACGAGCUGGCCCGCGUAAAUUACAUUUUUUGCGAUAAGACUGGAACUUUGACACAAAACAGAAUGGUGUUCAAAAAAGCCUAUGUGAAGGGCACUCUCUACAAUGAAUCUGUAUUGAGCCGAAUAUAUAAAUCCUUAUCACGCUCGAAAAGAACAUCUAACAGGUCAAGCUCUAAAAGGGCUAAAGAUUUGUUAGAUUUUUUAUUGUUAUUGGUACUGGCUAAUAUGACAAUGGUGUCUAGAGCUUCAAAACAAGAAACCUCUGAACAAAAGAAUAAGAAACUACAAUUUCAACUGCCACUUUUAAAAAACGAGAUAUGCAUCAAUUACCAAUCGCAAAGUCCAGACGAGCUUUGUUUAUGUAAUUUUGCUAAGGAAAGUGGUAUUGUGUUGAAAGAGCGCAGUCUCCCACUUGUGAGGAUCGAAAUAUUAGGUGAGGAUUACGAUUAUCAAACGUUACAGACAAUGGAAUUUACGUCAGAACGUGCUCGUAUGUCUGUAAUUAUACGUACCCCGGAUGACAAAAUCAUUCUAUAUUCCAAAGGUGCUGAUCAUGUAAUGAUGCCUAGACUACAUCCAAAUGAAGAUAAAAGGUUAAUAGUCAAGACUCAAAGACAGCUGGAUAAGUGUUCGUCCGCUGGACUUAGAACACUUAUAUGCGCCAGAAAGGAAUUGACCAAAGAUGAGUAUGAUCAAAUCAAAAAGAGGUUCGAUGAAGCCAUGUGCUUGAUUGAUGGUCGAAAAGAUGCAUUAGAGAAAAUAUCAGAUGAUGUAGAGAGAGAUCUGAGAUUAGUUGGAUGUACGGCUAUCGAGGAUAAACUUCAAAAAGGCGUGCCAGAAACAAUUAUGUAUUUUGUAAAAAGUGGCAUCAAAGUCUGGAUUAUUACUGGAGAUAAGCAGACAACAGCCAUCAAUAUUGCAAAAUCUUGCAAUUUAUUGCACGGUGACAUCAAAACUAUAAUUAUCUCUAUUAAGAGCGAAAACGGGUGUAAGAGAGAGCUGGACAUGGCAUCAGAAACCAUAAAAAAUUAUCGCAGGGUGGCGUUGGUAAUAGAUGGUGGAAGUUUGCCGUUUGCAUUUUCAAUGGAGGAAGAGUUUUCAAAAGUGAUAGAAAACUGUGAGACAGUAGUCGUCUGUCGUGCAACACCUUUGCAAAAGGCAAUGGUAGUGAGAAUGAUUAAACGAAGAACAAAGUGCUUCACGUUAUCAAUAGGAGAUGGUGCAAAUGAUGUAUCAAUGCUGCAAGAGGCACACAUAGGAGUAGGCCUUUUUGGAAAGGAAGGAUCUCAAGCAGCACGCUCAAGUGAUUAUGCCAUACAUAGAUUUAGGCAUCUACAUCGCCUUGUGUGCAUACAUGGUCGAUACAACAUGAUAAGAAUUGCAUUGUUGUACUUAGUAUCGUAUUACAAAAAUAUUGCUGUUUUCUUGGCGGCUGUAUAUUUUUCGUUUUACAAUGGAUUUUCGGCUCUAACGAUUUUCGAUGGCUGGAUAUUAACAGCUUACAAUCUGGUACUGACGUCAUUGCCGCCUUUCUUGAUAAGUAUAUGGGAAAAGGAUGUGAGAGAAGACGUUAUAAUCAAAUAUCCACAGGUGCAUCGUGAAAUUGUGACAUCAACCAACCUUUCGCUCACAUAUAAAAGAUUUUUGUCAUGGUGGUUUUUAGCGCUAUGGCAUUCAUUGUUAAUAUAUUUCAUCCCAUUCUUUUUUUAUAGUUUACAACAGACACUAUCAGCAGAUGGGAAGACGAUGGGAUUACCAGAAUAUGGGAUGGUUACAUUCAUAGGCGGAUACUUUGUCGUUUUAGCACAAAUUGCAAUCAUAACAAAGCAUUGGAAUUGGAUAAUUCAUCUUGGAUUUUGGGGAAGUAUAGUCUUGUUUUUUGCGAUGUUUUUGGCGAUUUCGAAUUUGAAGACUUAUAGCGACAUGUGGCAUGUCUCCUACAGAAUUUUUACAAGUACAAAUGCGUUUCUUGUCUGCUUUGUGGUAUUAGCCAUAUCAAUGGCACCAAGCCUGUGCUGGGAAUAUGCAGUGGAAAAUUGGUAUCCUAGAUACUCCCAGCUCUUCUCGAAAUAUGAAAAAAGGCGACAGCAAUUAAACAAAAUUUAUGCUACGGAUAAGUCAAGCACAGAUAAACCAUAGAGAAAAAAACAUUUCAAUAAAUAAGUACUACACUAUUAUUU